GGGUGUAAACCUUUGGGCUUUCCGUAGUUGUUUUCGAAGUGACGCGUGUUGCAUUGGGAGCAUGUCAAGACACUAGAUAUGCAGGAUUAUUAAAAUGAAAACGUUUAUUUUCAGAAUAGUCUAAUUUAUUAAAACUACCCUGCAGUCAUCAAAAAACUUGAAAGCAUGGCAGAACAAAACGCUCCCUCGGUUGCCAUGGAUGCGGUGCUGGUGCGCAGCAUAGCCCUUCCAGAUGACAUGCCCCGUAUUAAGGGCUACGACUUCAACCAAGGAGUGGACCACCGGGCACUGCUCCAGUCCUUCCUCACCACUGGCUUCCAGGCUAGCAGUGUGGGUCAGGCCAUACAGGAGAUUAACAAGAUGAUUGAGAAACGUCUGGAGCCAGUUGAGGAACAGGAAGCAUGUGACCCCUCAGACUCCUCCCCUUCCCACUCUGGUUGUACCAUCUUCCUGGGGUACACCUCCAACCUCAUCAGCUCUGGAGUGAGAGAGUCCAUACGCUAUCUGGCACAGCACAGAAUGGUGGAUGUGAUAGUGACUACAGCUGGGGGAGUUGAAGAGGAUUUCAUCAAGUGUCUGGCCCCCACCUACCUGGGGGAGUUCAGCCUGUCAGGCAAGGAGCUGAGACAGAGAGGCAUCAACAGGAUAGGUAACCUCCUGGUACCUAAUGACAACUAUUGUAAAUUUGAGGACUGGCUAAUGCCCAUUCUGGACCAGAUGGUGCAGGAGCAGAAAGAUGAGGGUACCCACUGGACUCCGUCCAAGAUGAUUCAUCGUCUAGGCAAGGAGAUCAACAACCCAGAGUCAGUAUACUACUGGGCUUACAAGAAUGACAUUCCGGUGUUCAGCCCUGCCCUUACUGAUGGCUCGAUAGGAGACAUGAUCUAUUUCCACUCCUAUAAAAACCCUGGACUUAUAUUGGAUAUAGUGGAGGAUAUCCGCAUGUUGAACAGCAAGGCAGUGUUUGCUAAGCGAACAGGGAUGAUCAUUCUGGGAGGGGGGCUGGUCAAACACCAUAUUGCCAAUGCCAAUCUCAUGAGAAAUGGAGCGGACUACGCAGUGUUUGUGAACACGGGGCAGGAGUUUGAUGGUUCUGACUCCGGUGCCAGACCCGAUGAGGCAGUGUCUUGGGGGAAGAUCCGCAUGGAUGCCAAGCCAGUCAAGGUCUAUGCUGAUGCUUCCAUAAUCUUUCCACUGCUGGUAGCUGAGACAUUUGCCUUCCAUGCUGAUAAGCUGAUUCCUGAGAAGACACAAUGACAAACAUUUUUCCAACUGAACACUUGAUGGGUCACUCACUAACUUCUUUGUUUUAUGCAUUUAGUCAACAUGUUAUUUGCUGACUAUUCUCUACAUUAUUUUAGAUUUCAUGGGUCUCAUCCCAUUAAAGAUUUAUCUGAUUCUCAUCCCUAGUCAAAAAGGUUAAAAAUUAAUUAUCUUCCUGAGCAAGACAGUUAAACCCUAUUUGCUAAAUAAAAAUGUGUUCUUAGCA